UAUUCGGAUGUGUUGCUCUCGCGACCAGUUUCAGUGUCUCGGUAACGGCGACCCUGAUACGGUCAUUAGUAAAGAUUGUGUUUAUCUGUUGUAUUUGUCUUUACAUUUUAUUUAAUUACAGUCAAAUAAGAUUGUAUCAAAUAAUUUUCCGGAAAUAAGUGAGAACCAUACUUAUUAAAUAAAAAAAAAAUCAAAGAAAAAGUUCAUCUGUGGGGAAAUUUUCGGUAAUAUAAAAUAUACUUUUCCAUAACUUUUACUUCAAUCGUGGGAUGAAAUGAUACCGUUAGUUUUGCCUAAGGAAAGAAUGCAUUUGACUUGCAAGUGAUAAACGGUCAGUUCAGAAUCCAAAAGUUUUUGAAAGUAAAAAAUAAAAAGUUUACCGAAAUGACGUGGGAUUUCAAUUCGCUGUGGAUGCUUUGUGGAGUAUUGCAUCUCGUCUUUGUAGGAGCAGCCAUCGUGUACAGCCCAUCUCUCCAAGUCCCAUACGUGCGAAGCUCCGACGAUAGGCUGCAGUUUUACCGCAAGCACCACCAUCACCCAAACACCAGAACGAGCAGGAGCAACGGCAACAGCAUCGCCAGAACAUCUUGGAGGCAGUUGGAGGCUAACCUCAGCGGCAGCAGCAGCAGCCCCGUGCAGCCUAUCAAGCCGCUGCUGGAUCUGAACUCGGGGUAUUUCGAGGGAGGCAACAGCAUCGCUUCUCUCCCCAUGUUCGACGCUGCCACUCCCAGGAACGUGACGUUCUUGGCUGGCCAGUCUGCUUACCUUCACUGCCUCGUUCAUAACUUGGCUAACAAGAGCGUUUCCUGGAUCAGACAGCGCGACUUGCAUAUCCUGACAGUGGGGAGAUACACGUACACAACCGACCAGCGUUACCAGGUCAUACAUUCGCAGGGAUCCAAAGACUGGAUACUGAAAAUCAAGUACGCCCAGGAACGCGAUGCUGGCAACUAUGAGUGUCAGGUGUCCACGAAGCCUGUCAAGACAUACGUUGUUUAUCUCAACGUUUACACCGCUGCCAGAGCAGAGAUCAUAGGAUCGCCUGACAUGCAUGUUGAUGUGGGAUCGACCAUUAAUCUCACGUGCAUCAUUACUCAUAGUUCGGAUCCUCCGACUUACAUCAACUGGUUUUACAAUCAAGAGCCUCUUGAAUAUGACUCUCCACGAGGAGGCAUUACCUUGCUAACGGAGAGAGGAAAAACUACAACUGGUUAUCUUCUCAUUCAGAAUGCUAAGCCAUCAGACACAGGGAACUAUUCUUGCUCUCCUUCGAAUACGAAACCUGCAACGCUGAGAUUGCAUGUACUUAAUGGGGAGACUCCAGCAGCUAUGCAGACCAAUGGCACGUCGAGAAUACUUCCUUCGUAUUUCGCGGAUGUUAUUUUCCUCGUCGUGUUCAUCUGGUCGUUGUCUUUUUAUUCCUCGAUACAGUGUAUAGGAACCACGAACCACGAUGUAAAAGUGGCAUGAUAGUGAGAUAUGAAAUGGAGAUAAGGAUUAAUGACAUCCAAUUCUCUGACUCACUCGACGAAAGUUGCGGCGUUUCAGUUGCAUGAAAUGUAUUCGUUUCUGUCAACUUCGCUUGAUUUUUUUUCAUUUAUUUUUAUUUACCACAUAAGACAAAGUGGUAACAGUUUUUAGUGAAAGCAUUCGACAUAAACAGGAAUCAACAUUUCUUAUGAUCUGUGUUCGUGUCUGAAAUAUAAAUUCUCAUAACGUUAAGCAAUUCAGAAAAUUAACAUUUUUGAGAAAAUAUCUAAAAGGAAGUGUAUUUUAUUAUGUACAUUACUGACUGUUAUGAUGUUAUCUGUACUUUUGUAUACAAAAGUUUGUGAAUAUAUUACUGAAUGUUCACCAGUUGAAAGGUGAUGUAU